GGGGCCUCAAUAUGUAUGCGUUAACUUCUGGACAUUUGUCUGCACAAACUGCAGUGGGAUACAGAGAGUCUUGAACCUUCCCCAUCAGGGAUGGUUUUACGUUCAAAAAAGAAAAGUGUAAAGGGUAUGGCGGUGCAGAAGUUGAGUGAAAUUAGCUUGAAGCCUUUUAAAAAUUGUAAACCAAAAGUGGAAGAACUCUCAAGGGCAGAUCAAUCUGUGUCUGAUGUAGCCUCGCAAUCUAACAAAAGCUAUACAGGGAGCACUACAAUCACUGACCUUCUGGAAAUGACAGAAAGCUCAGCAUGAGAUCAAUCUGUGUCUAAGGUGGCUUUGAAUUCUAUUACAGACCAUGAAAGGUCUCCCAAAAUGAGUUGUAGGUUGUUCAGCCGUUUGUUUGGACCCAAGUUUGAAUUUGAUAAGGAUUCCAUGGUUCAGUUGUGGGUUGCGCAAGGAAUUUUUGAGCCAGAAAACGAGAAAAUAAUAGAGAUUGUUGGUGGUACUGUUUUUGAUUCGAUGGUGGAAGACAAUUUGUUUGUGCCUGUAAGAUAUGAUAACCUAUAUGGUCAAUUGUUCGCAGUUAACGAAAAUAUGCUUGAUAGUAAUUUGUUUGAGGGUGAAGAGCAGCUGCCAAUGGAAGAUUUCAUGCUCGCAGAUGAAGUAGGGUUGGUCAGCAUUCCAAGCACGAUCAAGCAUCUGUCUCUCUUCUGUGAGAACUUUGAUUUACACAUUGUAGGAGUUCUCAAAAGUUUUCUGGGUAUGCAAACUCUCAUGCUACAUUGUGAGUGUGCUACUGAUUUUAAUCAUGUCUCACAUGACCUCUUCCUUCAUCUAAAACAUUUGAGGACUUUGGAUUUACAUCAACUAGACAUAACUGAACUACCUAGCUCUGUUGGGGAUCUUGAAUAUUUGCAUUAUUUGGAUGCAUCAGAGACAUCUAUCAAGUACUUGCCUGAAACAGUUGAUUCCCUUUAUUUGUUGCAAACAUUGAAAUUGAAGGGUUGCUUGCAGCUUUGUCGAUUACCCAUAAACACAAGGCAUUUGGUUAGAUUGCGCCAUCUUGAUCUUGACAUUAUUGGACAAUUGAAGUCUAUGCCUGUUGGUUUAGGAAGUUUGACAAGCCUACAAACCUUGAGUGGAUUCCUUGUUGGAAAGAAAGAUGGUUGUUAUAUAGGAGAGCUAAAGAAUCUAGUUAACCUCAGAGGAUCGUUGUGCAUUUCAAGGCUGGAAAAUAGCUCAAGUCCUGACGAGGCAGAGCAAGCUAACCUGAGUAACAAGAAACACAUCACUAAAUUACAGUUGCAAUGGUCUACUUGUCACUCCGAUAGAGUGCAAGUCGAAGAGCAGAUAUUAGAAUGUCUGCAGCCCCAUUUCGGCCUAAAGGAGUUAGAGAUAUUCUUCUUCAAUGGAUCUAAAUUACCAUCAUGGAUAAGUGAUCCAUCUUUUGCCCAAAUAGUCAAAAUCACUCUUUUCAAGUGUAGAAAUUGUUCUUUAUUGCCAUCACUUGGCAUGUUGCCAUCUCUACAAUUUCUUGAGAUAUAUGAAAUGAAUGGGGUAAGAGUUAUAGAUCAGGUAUUCCAUCGAAAAAAUGGGGUUCAAUAUCUUCAUGCAUUCCCAAAAUUAGAGAAGUUAGAACUUGAUACCUUGUUGAACCUAGAGGUGUGGGAUGGUAUGGAGGAUGGUGACUUCCCAAAACUUCUUGAGUGCAGAUUCAAGCAGUGCCCCAAACUUGUAUCUCUUCCAUCUCUUUCAUACUUGCAUUCCCUCAAACACUUGGAGAUUAUUGCAUGUUCAGAGUUGCGGUCUUUACCAGAUGAUGGAAUUCCAGCUUCAGUUGAAACAAUAAUCGUCAAAGACUGCCCAAGAAUUAUAGAACAGUGCAGGUAUCCGAAUGCCCGGGAUUGGUCUAAGAUCGAACAUGUUUCUUCAGUUUUUCUAGAUUAUGAAGAGAUAUCCCCACAGAGCAGAUACUGAAGACUUAAUAGGCUAGAUUAGUGCUAUGAGGUAAGAACUUGUUGCUUGUGCUCUUAUUGUAUCAUUAAAGACUCACUAGUUUUAUCUCUCUUCUAGUUUUGUUUAAUUGAGUUUUUUGUUAAUUUCUCCUUUUCGGUCA